AUGCAACCCCAGGACAUCCGCCUUCGGCUGGUGAUCCGCCGUCACGGGCUGCCCGAGAUCAAGCUUGUCUGGCCCUGUUCCUGCGCCGAGGACGUCACCAUCGCAAAGGUUUUGGAGCAGGUUAACGAGGUCAUUCCCCUCGAGAGCGGCGAAUGGGGCCUUGAAGACUACGCCGUGGAGCUUGAGGAUGGGAAAGGCGGCAGCUUCGAGUGUCUGCACUUCCAGCAGGUUGGCCGGAUUCUGAAAGACGAAGACCAGGUCAUUAUUCGAUCUCUCCUCACCGGCGAUUUGAAGCGACGGCGACUCAGCGGACGACACCAGAUCUCCGACGAUGGGAGGCACUUAAUAGAUGGCCUCGCCUUUGGCAGAUCUUGGAUAAGAACUCCUCGCGACCGCCCUCACAUCGACCUGCCGCCACGAAAACGUGUUCGUUUCAGCAACGAGGUUGAAGAUGAUGAUGAAGAGCAGGAGCAACUUCUGCUCGAAGCAUUGCCUUUUUCUCAGAACGGAAAUGUCAAGAACGUGCGAAUUGUAGACCAUUACGAAGACGACGACGAAGACGACGACGACUACGAUUUCCAAGAGUAUCAAGAAUACCCUGGUGGCUCUACUUCAACAUCUGAUACCUCUCCGAAUAGAAGGAUACAUGUGGGCGAGCACAAGGACGAUAGUGACAUGGACGAUGAUGCUGAUGAAGAGGAUGAUGACGACGAAGAUCUUGAAGCGGAACUGCGCCUUCUAAGACAAGAUGCCACCGCUAGGGCUACUGAUACCUACAUACCGCAUUCUAAUGAAGAAGAAGGUAUUGAGAUAGGAAAUGAAGAAGAAGAAGAUAGUACGGCAGACGAGCUUCCUAGCUCCAACUCUUCUGGCAAGGAUUCAAUAGCUUCUCAGAGCUAUAGUCACCUACACAUGGACAGCCUUGUCGUGGUGUUUCGAUCGGCAUUUCCAAAAUUAUCGGAUGAAGAUAUUAAAUCGGCUCUUGCCCAGACGAACAAGAAUAUGAGAAAAGCCUAUUUAUCACUAUCAAUGCUUCAAGAACCUUGUCAAACUUUUCAUCAAAUGAUGGAUGACGUUCCUUUCCUUCUUGUUCAGGAAUCUUUUCUACGCGCCAAGGAGAACACCAACGUCCUCAAUGGAAUUGAAGCCACCAAUGGAUUACUCAUUGAAAGUCAGGAGAAAGUAAAGGGACGACCGAAGCCGCUCAUUCAAGAAGUCGAAGACUCUGAAGAAACCGAAGUUUCCGAGAAUCCUAAAGUAUCUCAGUUGAAUGGUGGUGUUUCAAUCUCUCUCGCGAGAUCAAAUCAAAUCCAAGAUUUGAGCAGCGACGAAACUUCUGAGUCUGACUUUGAAGAGUCGGAAUCAGAUUCAGAAGAGGAUACAUCUUCAGAAGAAGAGAGCGGAUCGGACUCUGAGAGCGACUCUAGCGAUGCCUCUGGGAAUAACAGCUCCUCCGGCGAGGAAGGAGACAGAGGCCGUGUUAGCAAUUUACCUACAGCAACCACGGCUCCUAAGAAAUUCAAAGAUGCCUCGUCAGGGGAAAGCUCUUCUAGCGAGGGCAGCGACGAGUCAAGCGAUUCGGAUUCAGCAGAAGAGUCGGACUCGGAUUCAGACUCUGAAUCCGAGUCUGAAUCCGAAUCUGAAUCUGAGUCUGAAGUAGAAGAAGUAUCAUCGAAAAAGCCAGUAAAGCUAACACAUCCUGCACAUUCAACGAACAAAAAACAGAACAUCACAGUUGCACUUGCCACUCAAGCUCAAGCAACUAAUCAACCACGGCCAGUUGGUUUGACGCGAACACAAAAGCGCAAUGCGAGGAGGAAACGUAAUAAGGCCUUCAAAGAACUAGGCCUUGAGCAGUCUCAGUCAGCAAACAGCGACGAGGAUGGUGCCACGAAAGACGACUUUCUGGCACGAAAAGAGGCACUCCUAGCUGCCAUCCUUAAUGAAUCUCACGAAGGUGGCGGAACAAACGGUGAGGCAGAAAUGGAAGCUGCUCCUCUGCUAGAUCAGAUGCUUGAAGACCAGCCGCAGGAAAUGGAGACAGAUAUCAAUAAGGUAGCCGAAGCCGAAACAUCUGAACCGAAAGAUACGCCGGGAAAACGCUCAACCCGUGUUGACCUGGGCGCAGGUCGCCGGCUUGUAUUUGGCGCUCUGGGCUUGAAAGCCCCGUCAACCAAAGCUGAUGAGCAAAAAAUUCGUGACAACCUCAUGAAAGACGUGCGACCGCUAGUCAAUCCACGCACUCUGCGAGAUGGCGAUGGUAAUAACGCCAGCGAGGCCCCAUUAAUGGAUGAAGAAGAUCCUGAUGCUUGGAGAGAGAAAAUUGUCUACAAGGCUGUGGAAUGCUGCCAUGAGGACAUGGUACUUAGCGAGCCCCCAUUCCCUUUUGUCCAACGCUGGGAUCCCCAGCAAAAGUAUCACACUAUGCGAAAGCGAAAGCGCGCGUCGGAGAACUACCAAGCCGAUACCUCGUAUGACGACUCUGCGUACUAUUAUGCUGAUGAGCCCGAGGAAGACUAUUACGCUAGAGAUGCCGGAGAAAAAAGCAAAAAGAAGAAACAGAGAAAGUCUGCGAACCUGCAGAGUGGCAAUGUGGAACAAGAUGAGCAAGAUGUAAUUCUCAAUUACGAUGAAGCGCCCAUAAAGAGCAGCCAGUUUACGGACAUGGAUGAUCUGCCAUCCUUGCCCAAAGAUAUCAAAGCGCUGCCGUUGGUAACGCCUGAAUCAGCCCAGCCUGGGAUGGUCAUUACUUGGAAUCAGCUCCUCAUGUCAAAAGCUACGAAAUGGCAGCCAGAAUUGUUACCGAUUACGGGCCUAAUUAUUCCUGGAGGCGGAAACGGUAGCGUCCACGUCACGUUGGCCAGACGAGACCGCGAGAAUAACGAGAAGGUAUAUGACGAAAUUACCGGAAAGCGAAUCUACGACAAAUUUGAGGCUCCAGACCUAGAUGAAGUGAGCGGAGAAGAGGACGAGGAAGAAGAGGACAACGGCUUCAGAUCAUUGCAGUGGACGGAGAUGCUUGAGCCUCGCAUUCUGCAGCAAGCUCCUGUGACCAACAACAACACGGAAGCGGCGGCGGCGGCUACAGAGGGCGAGAUGCCAUCAGGGCAUGACCAGGUAAGCGAACUCCAACCAGAGGCGGAUGCUUUAGAGAGCCAACCCAGUACGGGUCAAGUGCGGGCAGCUGUUGAAAAUGAUUUGAUGCACGACUCUUUUGGCACAAUACAGUCCGGUCAGCGAUUGCCAAGACUGGAUCUAUCCAUGUCUGAAGUGCAAAUUAGCACUGCCAGCAAUAGCUUCGAGUUUAUGGGACAGUUGAACAGCAACAAUCUGGCAAAAAUAGGAGACGCUCAACUGGAUCACGCAUUGACAGCUGCAGCCAAUCCCCCAAAUGCACACUCUGCAAAGUCAAAUUUUUUGGUAGAGCGAGAAGACGAAGCAGCUGCUGACCAUGAGGCAGAACUAGCAUAUAGCCUAGCGAAUGCCGUGGCAGAAGGAGUCUCGAGUUCUCACACGCCUAUGCCGAAGAUGGCGGAGCCGUCUGAAGACCAAGGAGGAGAGGAUGAAGGACAGCAGACGCGACGAGAAGAAGGGCAGGGAGAAGAGCAGACAUCAGCGCAUAGUGGCAGCGCGAUCCACUCCGACGCAGUCAUUGCCGUAUCGCAGUUUAGUAUCCCGAGUGGGCGGCAACCGCGGACGGCAUUUUCCAUGGAGAACGGUGCACAUCACGACACAUUGAUCCCCGAAACAUUGCUACAUCUACGCGAGAGCACACCACAGCCAAACAACUCGAAAUCGCAGGCGUCAAGUUCCAGCAGAAGCAGCCCGUUUCCGUCGCUGGAGGAGAUAUUCCUGUCUGCUCAACCCACUCAAAAUUCCGGCAGGAAGAUGGAUACCCCUUCUUUGUCAACGAGCCAGGUCGUGCCUGCACGGGAUAUGGAAUACGAAGAAGCUAUGCGCAAGCUUGAUGAGGGGCACGAGUCAGAUGCCUCUCCCGAGGAGAAGCAAGAAGAACAAGAGGAAGUAGACAGCAAGGUGUUUCCCAACGCAACGCAGCCAUCGCUUCGCACGAGACUUGCAGAUGAGAAGCUGCCAGCGUUGUCAACUUCUCUUUCUCAACCGGAGAAGAAGACGAAUGACAAAUCACCGUUUGCCAUACCGACUGGAAGUCAAGUCAUUGUUCUGAGCUCUAGCCCAGGCUCCAGUAAUGGCGUGCCAGAUGAGACUAAUGAACCGGAAGAUGGGAGACCCAGUCCUGCGAAGGGAAAGAGAAAGCUACCUACUGGUCCUGGGUGGGUUUGGAAAGGCACCCCGGAUGAGAGAGAUGGGUCGAACGGCAAGAGAAAAGAGAGGGCGACACCUUCAUCGAGAGCCAGUCGGCGAGGACGAUCAGAAGCUAAAGGAGAGCCGCUAUCGCAUACGCCGCUUGUCAGCGCUGUGAGCAAAUACAGAGGGCGAAAGGGGCGGUAG